AUGGCAGGUAACAACUCAGUGGUUGUUUUCGCGCAGCGGCAGGUAAACGUCAGGAUUAUUAUUAUGCAGAUCCUGGUGUUGUUUUUUCUUUUCAUCAACCUGUUGCUCAUUGUGAUCUUUUUUAAAAAGGAGUGCUUCUACACAACUGCACGCUACAUCUUAUUUGCUGUUACAUUGCUGUCGGAUAGCCUGUUGUUACUCGUGGCUGACAUCCUGCUGAUCUUUAUCUAUUUUCAAUAUUCAAUACAAGUAUGGUUAUGUAUUAUUCUAACAAUUUCUCUGAUUCUAUACAAUGCAGUCACACCUGUCACUCUGACAGCAAUGACUCUGGAGCGAUAUGUGGCCAUUUGUAUGCCGCUGCGUCAUGCAGAGCUGUGCUCCACACACAGCACUAUGAACUGUAUUCUCAUCAUUCAUUGCAUCAGCUUUGGGCCCUGCAUUAUUACUCUCUCCUUGUUCUUUGCAUCUGCUUCUCGCAGCUUCUACAAACAACAAGUAGUAUGCUCCGUGGAGGUGUUUAUGCUUCACAUAUGGCAGGAACACGUCCGGUCAGCUGUCAGCCAGUUUUACUUCUUGAUCAUGUGCAGCACCAUCAUUUUCUCCUAUAUUAAAAUAAUGAAAGUGGCCAAAGCUGCAUCAGGAGAGAAUAGAAAGUCAACACAGAAAGGGCUUAAAACAGUGGUUCUUCAUGGUUUCCAGCUGCUGCUCUGUCUCAUCCAGCUGUGGUGUCCAUUCAUAGAAUCUGCUGUACUUAAGAUUGAUUUCACAUUAUUUUUAAAUGUCAGAUACUUUAACUACAUUGUGUUUUAUAUUGCUCCAAGAUGUCUGAGUCCUCUAAUUUAUGGCCUCAGAGAUGAAACCUUUUUUCUGGCUUUGAAGAAUAAUCUGUGUAUACACCUGGGGUAG